GAGGGAAAUGUUGUACACAAACGAAUGCCUUUAGAGAAAAAAAUUGAGUUGUAGAAAUUGUAUUUUCUUUUAAUAUCAUUAGUUUUGUUUUGCUGAAUUCCAAAUCAUUGUGUGGGCAGAGGACAUGUAUUGGGAACAAUGGACGUCAUCAUGUGGAACACAAUGCCUGUACAUGUAUAAUAAUAUUAUACUUUGACGCUGGACAUGGCAGCAACAGGUGUCAUUUUUGUUGAGCAGAAAGUUCUCUUGCAGUUUGCGGAAAUACAGCAUCUUACACAGCUGGAUGCCAACAAACAAAUAUUACUACUUGUUCAGCUGUUCAAUUGUGUAAAAUCUUUUGAGGUUUAUAUCAAGGAUCCUGAAGCAAUUCCGAAACAGUCAGUGAUAAAAGACUUCUUCAGCAAACUCUGUACAGUUAUAGCUUGUCAGCAAGAUGAUGCCUUUACUGAGCCUACUGACAAGAUUGUUACCAAGACUGAGCCUCUGACUGAGGAUGUCUCGGACAAUGACUACACAGAACCUGUGGAGGACCUGCCUGAAUAUGGUCUUCUUGACAACAGUGUGGUGAAGGAUGAACUAAACACGAUAGCUGUGUCUAGCUCUUCGUGGACUACACCAUCAUCUACAUCUGUCAAACCAGAACUUUCAAUGGAUAUAGCAUCCACACUUAAUGACACAAUCAUUGCCAUUUCAAAUCAUGAGUCUGCUUUGAUCAGUAGUCUUGCUCUCUCAACAGACACUUCUAGUACUGUUGCCGCUUCGCAGGUUGGUCUUACUGAUUUAUCUGCAUGCACCUCUGCUGCUGCUGUUAAUAGCACUGAUGAGGAUACUGCAGACACAAAGCUGUUCUAUACAGAAACAAAGACAUUGGUGAGUGGCGUCAGAAGGUCAGCCAGACACACACGCUUACCCGUGAAACUUAAUUCUGAAGAGUUUAUAGGUCUUCAAGAUGCUGCAGCAAAACCAGUGAAGCAAGCUGCUGCUGCAGCAAAAUUGGCUGAACAUGUAGGAACAAAAUCAGCAAAGCAAUCAACAACAAAAGCAGUUAAGCAGCUAACAACGAAAGCAGCUAAGCAAUCAACAACAAAAGAAUUAAAACAACGGGCACUGAAAUCAACAAAGCAAACCUUAGUUAAAACAAAACAUACCGUGGUUAAAACAGGACAAGAUGUGUCAGUAUCACCAGAGAAAGCUAAAAAAGCUCCGGCACAGCAGACUCGAGAAGGAAAAGCAGCACCUAAGUCACUAAAGCAAGGUCCAGAGGCUUCCAGUAGAAGAGCUGCACAGAAAUCAUUGAAAUCCGUACGUAAGCGAGUGGGAAGACCAGUAAAACAUAAAAAAGCAGCAACUCUGGAAGGUCUGGCUGAAGGAGCACCAGUUGAAAAGCAACCCAAAAUAUCAAGCACCGAAACCAAAAGCAGCAAGGCUGAAUUAUUUGCAGAACAAAAUACAGACAAUUCCAUUCAGAAAGGUGAAAAUACAGACACAACUGAAUUGCAAUACAUUUGUGCAGUGUGUAAUUUAAGAUUUGAGGACAUAAGUAAAUAUGUUGAUCACGUAACCUUGCAUCCCACACCCACCACUGAUGAACUAAACUGUAAGGAAUGCGGACUUCGUUUAAAGACAAAAUCAGCUCUUAUUCAACACCAGCGUUCACAUGUUGCCAAAACCAUCAGCGAUGUUUCUUGUCCAACUUGUGGAAAAGUCUUCUUGAAGAAGAAGUACCUAAAACCUCACAUGCUGCGUCACCAAGGAGACAAGAAUGUUUUAUGCGACUCGUGCCCUGCAAGGUUCUACGACAGGAAGGGACUGUAUGUCCAUUACAACAGAGUCCACCUGGGAAAGAUCAGAAAUAUGGAAGCCAAAUUCUUCUGCAGUUACUGUUCAUUUAAGAGCUAUCGUAAGCGAGAUCUUGACAGGCAUUCUGUGGUUCACACAAAGAUGAAGAACUACGUUUGUGACAUCUGCGGGGUCAGGCUUGCUCAUUUCACCAGUCUGUCCAUUCACAAACGACUUCAUUCUGGAACAAAGCCUUUCAAGUGUGACAUUUGCCAAAAGGAAUUUUCGCAGAAGAUUUCACUUCAGAACCACGAGAGAAUCCACACCGGUGAGAGACCCUACAAGUGCGACCAGUGUUCCCGUGGGUUUCAGACGUCCUCGCAUCUCUCUAGACACAAGAUCACACACAGCCAGGAGCUGCUGUUUCAGUGUAAAUUCUGUGAUAAGUGGUUCGCACGUCCGUUCCAGGUGAAGAAACACGUUAAGGAGAAUCAUUCUGAUCCAGAUUUAGAGAGUGAUGCUCUUACGUAUGAGUAUAUAAAAGUUGAGGCUGAUCCAGAGGAUGUGUCCUUUCAGGACGAACUAGUGUGUGACAGUGAUAUUCAGUAUGAAUCUAUAGUAAUUGAGUAUAUCGACUAAACUUGCAAUUGUUUUGUUGAAAUGUAUGUGUGUGUCUGUCUGUGUGUGUAUGUCUGUGUAUACACUUUUACAAGUGUUUAAUAAAGUUCCCAUUUGUUGCAUAAAAUAUGUAUUUGACUUUAAGGUGAUUCCAAUUUACUUUUUGCAUUUAACAAUGGAAAGAAUGUUUCUAUGCAUUAAUGUUUUAAUUUGGCAUAAAUUUAUGGCCCAAAUUAGUCAUGUAAUAAUUUUUGUUAUGAUCAAGAUGAUGUCUGACAAAAGUGGCUUAAAGACUAUGGAAACAUGUUGAAUAAUUUAAUAUUAAUUGUCAAUAGUAACACUGAUGUAUGUAAUUUCCUUGAUCUGCACAUGCCUUGGAUUAAAAAUGAUAUUAAAAUUAAAACAAAUGAAGAAGAAAAAAAACUGUUUUGAGGUAAUUCUUUCAUUGGUAUAUUCAUAAAAUUAUGUUUAUAUGGC